AUGUCAAUCGCCCAGCAUCUGCCUGCAGAACUCAUCUACAACAUUAUGGGCACCUUGUUAGGCUCUUACUUCUCCGACCUCAUCCUUCGGCCACACCUGGAAGACGACUGGGAUGCGUUACUUGUACUUCUGCAUGUAUCACAGAAGAUUCGAGCUUGCACGAUCAAUAUGUUGUUUCAUGCAGGAGGCAAUACCUUUGUCGACCCAGAAACUAGAAUCGUCAAAAACUUCCUGCCGACAAUCCGCAUUUUCCGCCGUCUAUCUCGCCUAGCUCGAGAUCUUCCCGAACAAUACUUCACCCCUGAUAUCCGCAACAUGCUUUGCCAACAAGCGAACAACCCCUGUACCCUCGUUUGGGCCCGCUUCCUCGUCAACAUCGCUCUCGAGACCCGACAAUUGAAGGAGACGCAGGACGACCGACGGCUGAAACACGUGUUCUGUAGGACUGAGUUGAGGGAGAUGAUACAGCAUUAUUACGAGGUCCCGAGGUGUGUAAGGCCGGCGAUAUUGGGGAGGGUUUUGUACUACGCAGUUCUGCGCAGUGCGGUAUGGAUGAAGAUCAUGGUUUUACACAGGCGGACGAAUUGUAUCGUCCAGUUAGGUAUCAUCAUGGCUGCCAAACUUCCUUGGGAGGAGGCCGCUCAGUUCCUUCCUGUCGAAAAUCUUCAAAAACUCUCCGACAUCACAGAAUACUCGAACCUCUUCCACCAACUCCUCGCGACCACCUUCCAGAUCCAUCCAGACCAAGUACCCCCAUUGACACUCCAAGAGAUUGCAGUAGCGGGCGUCCCCGACGCGCUUUCUAUGGUUCGUAUGCUCGAGCACCGUGGUGAUUCGGAGAUAGACGGCGUUUGUCAGUUGUGUAGGAGAUUCUUGGCCGCGCAUCUUACAGAGAAGGAGAAGGAGCUAUGCGGCGAGAUGGGUCUUGUGGAUAGUAGGAUUAGUUGGUUUGCUUAG